AUGGAGACUUUCGCUGUGGACGGUUUUCCUGAUGCAAAGCUCAUGUUGGCGUUGUUUACGAACGUCAAGAACGCUGCAGACCUCAAGAGGAAGUAUUUGAAUCGCAUCGCCCUUCUGGACGCAGGGCUGGUGCUCAGCGUGUUCCAGCUGCGAGUGGCCGCGGCGAUGGCAGUCGAGAAGGAGAAAGCAGGGAAAAUGAAGACAAGAUCACUGCCGUCGGAGAUGGUGUGGUCGCUCUCCGGCUCCAAGAACAUCACGGGUACUCUACAGACGUUCUGUGUACAGGAAGUGGACGAUGCAGACCUCUUGGUGGCCGCUAUUGGCAUUGACGAGGACGAUCUCCGAUCAGUUCUGGCGGAUAUCAAAGGACAACCUUGCGGACUGGAAAGGUUGGGGGAGGGGCUUCGCCCGGUGGAUGGGGGUGUCGGCGACGGGCAGCAGCAGCAGCAACAACAGCGGUGGCAGGGGGGGGACGCUAGCAAAUGGCGGGAGCGAUUGAAGAAGUUGUAUAAGAUCACAGAGGAAGAGCUGGCAGUGAAUAGCUUAGAAGACUGCGUUGUUAUGCGCAUGGCAGUCAAAGACCAUUGA